AUGGCGGACAGCCUCGUCGACCUCGGGCUGCAGGAUGCGCUGCGAUACAUCCACGUCAACCUCCUCCCGAGCGUCGUCUUGCUCGUGCGCGACGUCAGCAUGCUCGCGGUCACCGCGAUGACUUGCACGUUCUUCGCGUUCAGCCUCUCUCGCUCGACGACGAUCGGCGCCGCGGCGUGGGUCGUCGCGAGGUUCGCAUGCGCGCUGUGCGCGUCGUCCGUCGUCUGGCGCGUCGUCGUCGAUCCGUUCGUGUACGCGAAGACCGCGGAGUACGUCGAGGUCGGUCGAUGGAAGCGUCUGCCGUCGCUCGGCGGGCACACGCCGUUCGACAGGAACACGCCGCGCGAGGACCCCGUGGCGCGACGGCGGCGGGCGCUCGGGCUCGGGCGCGGGACCCCGGGCGCGGCGGGGACGCCCGGGGUCGGAAGCGGCGCGAGCGGCGCGAGCGGCGGCGGCGGCGGAGGAGGAGGAGGAGGAGGAGGAGGACGCGCGUCCGCGGGCGCGCCUCGGGACGCGACGACGUCGACGCCGCGGCGGUCGCUGUUCGGUCGAUCCCCGCGCGCGCCGGAGUUUUCCGCGCACGUCUCGUCCGGGCUGAAGCUCGCGUCGAGUCCCCGCGGCGCUAGAGGGAUGACGCUCGGCGACUUGCGAGACGGCGUCGUCGUCGCGAUCGAACUCCGCGGCGUCGCCGCCGGCGGCGGCGACGGAUGGAGCGAGGGUUUCCUCCGCGUGCACGCGCACAAGACGUACGAGACCGCGGCCGCGUUCGGGGCGCUGAACUGGGGCGGGCAUCAGAUCACGUCCGCGUCGAGGGCGUCCGUGGAGUCGCUGUGCCGCGGCGAGAGGCUCGCGCGGACGCCGGGGGCGCGCGGGAACGGGAGCGUCGUCGGAGGAGGGGAGGACGACGACGACGACGGCGGCGGCGGCGGCGGCGCGCAGAGAGCGCGGACGUCCAUGGAGGCGCACUCCAGGGAGGUGUCGAGGUUCUUGUUCAAGGCGCACCUGUUCGGGAGCGGGCGGGACGUGACCCUGCGAAGCGAGAGCACCGGGACGCUCGUGACGACGUUCACGCUGGGCGUGAGGUUCGAACGACGCAGAGUCGUCGCGUGGCAUCGCACGCGGUCGAGCAAGCUCCUCACCGCGGCGGUGAGCGCGUUUACUCCUCCGGAAGGCGGCGCGUGGGAGGAGUUCUCGCUGCGGCCGGCGGCGAGGACGCCGCUCGGGUUGAGGCUGUGCGACCUCGCGGAGGCGACGGACGCGGACGAGUUCGUGAUGUGCCGCCCGCGGGACGGGACGUAUUGGGGGUACAACCUCGGCGGGGACGACAUGAUCGCGUUCACGCGGGAUCUGAAACGCGCGUCGUUGUUCCGCGUGCACCGCGCGUUCCCAGGGGACGAAGAUAGCCAUUCGGACUGA